AUGCGCUCAAUGACUAUCAGCGUGUGCUUUGUCGUCUUGAGUGUCUUGCCUUCAGUGUGGCUUGUGGAUGCAGCUACCUCCAUUGGCUCGAGAAUCGCGGAUAUACAAAAGAACAGCUGCACCGUUGGAUUGGCAGCUUGGAGUGUUGCUGGCAAUGGAUCUCUUUGUAGCUAUGGCGCUGCCGGUGAAACCAUCAGGUGGUCUGGUAAAAAGCUCAAGGUGAGGGGUGAUUCUCGGCAUCACAUUGGGUCAGUCACCAAGGGAAUGACCUCCACACUCUUGGCUAUUUUGAUUGAAAACGGAGUGAUUGAAUCAUGGAACUCCACCCUGGGUGAACUGCUGCCACAUGAUGCUCCUGGAACAGCAUAUCAAGAUGUUACUCUGCGGGAGUUGGUAAGCCAUCUGUCUGGGUUGCCGCGAUGCUUUUCAAACUGGCAAUGGCUCCUGUACCGUGUGAAUCCAAGCAAGGACCCACGGGUAGACAGAAAGAAAGCAACACAAGCUGCACUUCAAUCUGAACCAAUCAACAUACCAGGAACGGAGUGGUCCUACUCAAAUUGGGGCUACAUCGUUGCUGGACACAUUGCUGAGGAGUUCACUGGAAUGACCUGGGAAGGAGCAUUGGCUACAAUGCUCUUUGAGCCUCUUGGUAUCCAACUAACAUUCGACCCAAUAUUGGCAAUGACGGGAGCCCCGAACAAUGGCAAGGAUGCCUGGGGGCAUGCACCUUAUCUCAACACGCCAUGUGAUCCUGACUUUCCCUUCUAUGAGUGUGAUUACCCACCAGUAUACGGACCAGCUGGUUUGUUUUCUGGACCCCAUGCUGCCAUGGCCCGCUAUUUUGCCUUUCAUUUGGCCUGUCAUCGCGGAGAGCAUUCUGGUCUUUUACUCUCCCAAGCGUCGUGUCAAACUCUUCACUCCCCAGGAAAUGCAUCUAUCCAUCCCUACGGCUAUGGAUGGACCUGUCUUGAAAACUCGACUGGCAGCAAUGAUUUGGUUUGUUCCCAUGGUGGUGCAAAUGGUGUGAACAUAUAUCUGGUCGAGCUUCACAUCAACAGCAACCGUGCUUUUGCAGCCAUGAUCAAUCAAGGGGCUGAUGUCAGAGGAGUGCUGCCCGAAACCAUGGAUGCAUUUGUCGAGUUGCAAGGUCAAGAAGAUUGUGCAGCUCCCAUUCCUUCGUCAGUGUACAUUGACAACGACCACUAG